CGGCGGCGGCGGAGGAGGUGGAGGAGGCUUUCGGAUUUGCGACUUCUGAAGCUCUAGGAAGAGGCUUGUCGUCGGGGUGGGGCGGGCCUGAGUGGCCCUUCCAGUGCUCCCUGGCCGUCCCUGCCCCUCCUCUGCUAACCCAGCGACCGGGAUGCAGACGUCAGAGCGUGAGGGGAGUGGGCCGGAGGCAAGCCCCAGCCUGAUGCCUGAGGCUCCCCUGGAGUCUCCACCUGCUCCUACCAAGUCCCCUGCGUUUGAUCUUUUCAACCUGGUUCUGUUCUACAAGAGGCUGGAGAUCUACCUCGAACCCCUGAAGGAUGCAGGUGACGGCAUCCGGUACUUGCUCAGGUGGCAGACCCCUUUGUGCUCCUUGCUGACCUGCCUGGGCCUCAACGUCUUGUUCCUCACUUUGAAUGAGGGUGCUUGGUACUCGGUGGGCGCCCUGAUGAUUUCAGUACCCGCCCUUCUGGGCUAUCUCCAGGAGGUCUGCCGGGCGCGGCUGCCCGAGUCGGAGCUGAUGCGGAGGAAGUAUCACAGCGUGAGGCAGGAGGACCUCCAGAGAGUUCGCCUGUCUCGACCCGAGGCUGUGGCUGAGGUGAAGAGCUUCCUGAUCCAGCUCGAGGCCUUCCUGAGCCGCCUGUGCCGCGCCUGCGAAGCUGCCUACCGCGUGCUGCACUGGGAGAAUCCUGCCGCGUCCUCACAGUUCUAUGGGGCUCUUCUGGGCACAGUUUGCAUGCUAUAUCUGCUGCCCCUGUGCUGGGUCCUUGCCCUCUUAAACAGCACGCUCUUCCUGGGGAACGUGGAGUUCUUCCGAGUGGUGUCUGAGUACAGGGCAUGUCUGCAGCGGCGGAUGAACCCCAAGCAGGAGGACAGUGUCUUUGAGAGCCCACCGCUGUCGGAUGCCGGGGGACAGGGUGCCCUGCUGGACUGCACGCCUGCGCCCACGCCCACAGAGGACCUCACGCCUGGCAGUGUGGAGGAGGCCGAGGAGGCUGAGCCCGAUGAGGAGUUUAAGGAUGCAAUUGAGGAGACCCACUUGGUGGUGCUGGAGGAUGACGAGGGUGCCCCGUGCCCAGCAGAAGAUGAGCUGGUUCUGCAGGACAAUGGCUUCCUGAGCAAGAAUGAGGUGCUGCGCAGCAAGGUGUCACGGCUCACGGAGCGGCUCCGCAAGCGCUACCCUACCAACAACUUUGGGAACUGUACGGGCUGCUCGGCCACCUUCUCAGUGCUGAAGAAGAGGCGAAGCUGCAGUAACUGUGGAAACAGCUUCUGCUCCCGGUGCUGCUCAUUCAAGGUGCCCAAGUCCUCCAUGGGGGCCACAGCCCCCGAAGCCCAGAGAGAGACUGUGUUUGUGUGUGCCUCGUGUAACCAGACCUUGAGCAAGUGAGAAGAGGCGCUGGGGUCCAAAGUGGGCGUCGGUCCCUGGGGCCAGCAGCUGGCCUCACUCUCCCUAGCCGCAUGUGGUGUGUGCUGGGCAAAUGUGGCCCGAAUGCUCGGUAGGCUUCCCCUUCCUAUCCUCGCGGUCUCCAGCCGGAUUCUGGAGCUAUUCCCCACUCCUGUGGAUGGCUAGUAAGUGGUGGUCCUCAAAGCCCAGAGGGAAGAGGAGCCCCUGGAGGGCCGGCAUGUUUGCCCUCCUCCUCCCUGGACUGCAAUAGAGGACUCAGAGCUGGGCAGGGAAUGUAAAGUAGAGGGCGGUAGCGAGCUAGGCCUGGUUUCUGUAGGUCUCUGAGCAUCAGGGCAUCUCUCCACACCUGACGGUUGUAGAACAGAGAUCAGGGAUGGGGACAAGAGAUUGUUCUUCUGCUGGUUGCUGGUCCAAGCCCUUAGCCGCCAAGAGCCUGCAGAAGGGCCUGGGCGUGCUGUGACCCCACUCUGCUAUGUGAACGUCCCUUCAGGCACCAGCAUCUCCUUGUUUUGCACCAGAGGGUAUGGCCAGGGCUAACCAGACCAAAAGUCGUUCUAGAAACAGGGUUGAAGUUUCCAUGUUCUCUCAGAGGAGGACGUGUCUAGGAGGGUCUGUCAGGGUCCUUUAGUAUUAAGUGGAACAAAGCAUAGGGAGCCCCAGUAGCUCAGGGACCUCAGCCCUAUCUUGCAGACACUUUGGCUAGCAGAGUCUCAGGCCACAUAUUACCCUGGUGACAGCUCCACUGGGUAGAUGCCAGGCAUUCAGAUCACUCUUGUUUCUUCUGCUCAGAGCCUCGGGCACCCCUCCUCUGGCCCAGAGCUGCAUUUCCCUCCCUGGCCCUUUGUCCCCUAGAGUGUGAGACAGGCAAACAGAGCAGAGGUCCUGAAGCCCUUGACCCUCAGGGGCCUGGGAAGUGUAGGAUCUCUCUGGGCUAGGUCCCAGACUCUGGCACUGUUCCCCACCAGGACAGUCUCACUUAUGAGUUAAAGCCACUUGAGGUCUCCAUCCUCUCCAACAAUUUUACAUUCACUCUGGACUCUUAGGGCAUCAAUGUCUCUUCCUAAGUCUUGAGCAGGCUCAGGCAUCCUUUUCCUUCUCUGGAGCUGCCCUGCCUUUUUGAAGUAUUUAUUUAUUUAUUGCAUGGUUCCUGGGAGCAGGUGGCACCAGGAAUGGAACGAAGAGGGGUGAGUGCUUCUGCUCUAGGAUGCUUUCCCGGAGCCCUGGGCGGCCGGGGACCCAAGACCCAUAGGAGGCUGAGCAGGGAUCCGAGGAGGUGGGCUGGGGAGACAGACCAUCCACGGCCACCUUUCUCGUCAGGCUAACCAGUCUAACUAGGGCCGCAAGUUGGGCCAGCUCCAGGCCAGGGAGGUGCAAGUCCCUGGGGAGCCAGGCGGGCCUUGGUAUACCCCUUCCUCGGGCUCCUUUGUGAAGAGGUGGGAGUGAAGUACCCUGUGCUGCAUUUACACGGGAGAGGAACGGAAAGGAUCUCUGUGUGUAUUGAGAAUUGUGAAUAAAAAGGCCUCAAGCUUCUUA